AUGUCCAAGGGCUGAGCAGAGCUGGCCCUGCUCCUCACUGGUUCCACCCCUUGCUGGCUGAGGCAUUGGGUGAGCUGGCCAGGUCAGUGCUGGAAAGCUCACCCUGGUGGUGGGUUCAAGAGAGCUGGUGGGCUGGCCAAUCCCACUACCACCCAGGCCCAGAUCCAGGGCUUAGAGUUGGCCCACCCCAACAGCUACCACAUCUGUGAACUGCUGGAGCAUGUAAAGGAGCAGGUUCUCCAGACCCACAGCUGCAGGAUCUCCAUGACCCAGGGCAACAGGAUAUCUGAGCCGAGUCUGGGUGAGGCGAGUCCCGGUGAGGAUCCAGUAUAGAGAGUGUAACAGAAGCUAAAGGCCCCGAACCAGACCAAUGACUCAUUGCAAUGAACAUUUGCAAGAAAAGAUGUAUGGACAAAAGGGUAGACUGUGGGACACCCUGCAGCUUCCACGGAAUGUACAAACCAUAUGCAGAGUACCUGAAGCAUUCUGUGAAGCCAGGGGAGGAACUGGCACUAUAGCCUGAAGUCUAAUCCUUAAUCGAACUGACCGUCAAGGAAAACAGCAUUAAAAUAAACUAAUAACAAUGGGGAUGCUUGCUACCCAAGUAUAGACCUGAAAAGGAGACCUGAAAAGGCGGCAUCCACAGCAAAGUUUACAGCCUAGAGGCCGUGCUUGUUGGCACCGCUUCUGUCACUGUCACUGGCUGUUUACGAGCUCCCGCCCCGCGCUGCCCAGCCCCUUUCCGCCCCGGAGCCACAGCCCGCGGGCUCUGCCGUCCUCCGCAUCUGGCCGGCAGCUAGGACAACCAUGGAGAGCCACCACCGCCUCCUGUUGGAAAACGCGCAGCAAGUGGUGCUGGUGUGUGCCCGCGGAGAGCGCUUCCUGGCCGGGCCGGCGCUGCGCAGCCUGGCCGUGCUGGAGGGCGCCAGCCUGGUGGUGGGCACUGAUGGGCUCAUAAAAUCGAUUGGCCCUGCUGACGUUAUCCAAAGACAGUUUUCCGGAGAGACUUUUGAGGAAAGAAUUGACUGCUCCGGGAAAUGUGUCUUGCCAGGUUUGGUGGACGCACACACACAUCCGGUGUGGGCUGGUGAAAGAGUCCAUGAGUUCGCCAUGAAGUUGGCAGGGGCCACGUACAUGGACAUUCACCAGGCUGGCGGAGGGAUCAACUUCACGGUGGAGCACACCCGCCAAGCCUCGGAGGAGGAACUGUUCCGCUCCUUCCAGCAGCGGCUGCGGUGCAUGAUGAGGGCCGGCAGCACGCUAGUGGAGUGCAAGAGCGGAUACGGCCUCGACCUGGAGACGGAGCUCAAGAUGCUGCGUGUAAUCGAGCGCGCCCGGCGGGAGCUGCCCCUCAGCGUCUCUGCCACUUACUGCGGGGCUCACUCAGUACCCAAAGGAAAAACUGCAGUUGAAGCUGCUGAUGACAUCAUCAGUAACCAGCUGCCGCGGCUGAAGGAACUUGGUCAAAAUGGGGAACUACAUGUGGACAACAUAGACGUGUUCUGUGAGAAGGGCGUCUUUGAGCUGGAUACUACCAGAAGGAUUCUCAAAGCCGGGAAAGAGAUGGGCUUACAGAUCAACUUCCAUGGGGAUGAGCUCCACCCAAUGAAGGCUGCUGAGCUUGGGGCUGAACUGGGAGCACGGGCAAUCAGCCACCUGGAGGAAGUAAGCGACAAAGGCAUUGCUGCCAUGGCUGCGGCUGGGUGUUCUGCCGUCCUUCUGCCUACCACGGCCUACAUGCUGAGGCUGAAGCAGCCUCAAGCCAGGAAGAUGUUAGAUGAGGGAGUCAUAGUUGCUCUGGGCAGCGAUUUCAACCCCAAUGCAUACUGCUUUUCGAUGCCAAUGGUCAUGCACCUGGCCUGUGUGAACAUGAGAAUGUCCAUGCCAGAGGCCUUGGCCGCUGCUACCAUCAACGCGGCUUAUGCCCUGGGGAAAUCUCACACACACGGAUCUCUGGAAGUCGGCAAGCAGGGGGAUUUCAUCAUCAUCAGCGCAGCCAGAUGGGAGCAUUUGAUUUACCAGUUUGGAGGCCAUCAUGAAUUAAUUGAUUACGUUAUAGCUAAAGGAAAAGUCAUCUAUAAAAAGUGAUUUGGGCCAAUGAGACAACUCGGUGGGUUAAGUCUCAGCCUGGUGGCCUGAGUUCGAGCCUGGGACUCACAGAGCAGAAGGAGAGAACUCCUAAGAGUCACCCUCUGACCCCACACACUCACGUGGUGUGUGCCUGACACACCUCCUCACCUCCACAGAAAUAAUGUAAUAAGAUAAAAAUUUACCUUAAAGAAUGAUAGAUCUGGACGAACAGAGAAGACACUUUCUCUGCAUCAAAUACAUCCAUGUAAGUGAAAGCACUUCCGUGGCUUGCCAGAACUGUGUCACUUAAGCCUAAUCACGUGUCAAUGUUUUACUCUUCACUUACUUGGCUUGAACAUGUUAUGUAACUGGAUGUGUAAACAGGUAAAGCUAUUGUGGUGAAACGAAAGUUGUUUUUCACAGAUUGGCUACAGAUAUUCUGAGACACGAUGAGAGCACUCGGAAAUUCCUUUGUGGGAGAAACACACUUGGCCUGAGAGUUCUGUUUUGUUUCUGUGUACAUUGGGCUAGUGCUCUCGCCUGACGAGGCCAACGGUACCAUUCCUAAAGAACAGACAGACUCUUCUCUCUCCACGGUUUGUCUUUUAAGGUGCUUUCUAGUCAGUCAGGGCCUUCUGGGCCAGAGGUGUCCUUCCAUCUUUAAAAUCCUGUCAGCCUUUGGAAUAAAGCUUUGCCACAGA